AUGGUCCUUAUAGACAAGCAAAGCUACACCUCCCGCGAGGAACAACGCCUCAAAGAGGAUCGCGAUCGCAUCAGGUACUGGAAAAAAUGGGGUCCCUACGUUGCAGAGAGGCAAUGGGCCACCGUACGCGAGGAUUAUUCAGCAAACGGUGAUGCUUGGAGCUACUUUAGCCACGACCACGCCCGCUCGAGAACCUAUCGUUGGGGCGAAGAUGGAAUAGCCGGAGUGUGCGACACGCACAACCUGCAGAACAUCGCAUUUGCUUUUUGGAAUGGAAAAGAUGGUUUCCUGAAAGAGCGACUGUUCGGCCUAUCCAAUCCACAGGGUAAUCACGGCGAGAGCAUCAAGGAAGCUCACUUUCAUGUUGACAAUACCCCUACGCAUUCGUACAUGAAAUAUCUCUACAAAUAUCCCCAGAACGAGUUUCCAUACCAGGAGCUGGUUGAAGAGAACGCUCGACGAGGAAAACAGGACCGCGAGUAUCAGAUUCUCGAUACCGGCGCUUUCGACAAUAACAAAUACUGGGAUAUCUUUAUUGAGACAGCCAAGGAGGACGACGACGAGGAUGAACUUGUGUUUCGUGUGAUUGCGUACAACAGAGGCCCGGAGCCCGCUCCUUUGCACAUCAUUCCACAUGUCUGGUUCCGAAACACUUGGUCCUGGGGCUACGAGGGUAGGGUGAAACCUUCCAUCCAGCAGACUGCUCCUCUUGCUGUCAAAACGAACCACGACAAGUUAGGGGAGCGAUAUGUCUGCUUUGCCCCGUCUCCCGCUACUGGAGACGGCCAAGAAGAUGUCGUACCCCAGAUGUUGUUUACUGAUAACGAAACGAACAAUGAGGUUCUCUGGGGUACGCAGAACGAUCAGCCUCACGUGAAAGAUGCCUUCCAUCGUUACAUUGUCAAUGAUGAGAAGAGUGCAGUCAACCCAGCUAAUGAAGGCACCAAAUUCGCCGCCUGGUAUGCUUUCAAUGAAGGCGAAGGAGUCCCUCCGGGCGAGUGUGCUGUUGUUCGUUUUCGCCUUUCGAAAAAGGUCGAGCCUUUCGUGAACGAGGAGGAGCUAGACGAUGUGAUCGACCAGCGUAAGACGGAAGCCGACGACUUCUACUACCACAUCAGCCCUCUGCCAAUGAGCGACGAUUUACGGAACAUUCAGCGUCAAGCGUUCGCGGGCAUGAUGUGGACAAAGCAGUAUUACCAUUUUGUCUGGGAUCAAUGGGCCAAUGGCGACCCCGGUUUGAUUCCCCCUCCACCAGAGCGAAAACAGGUCCGAAACCAGCAGUGGAAGCAUCUGCAUAUGGAUGAUAUUCUCUCAAUGCCAGAUUCCUGGGAAUACCCUUUCUUUGCUGCUUGGGACACAGCUUUCCAUUGUAUCCCGCUGGCGAUGAUCGAUCCAGAAUUUGCCAAGCGGCAAUUGGAUGUCCUCACCCGAGAGUGGUAUAUGCAUCCAAAUGGGCAGCUAGCAGCCUAUGAAUGGAACUUCGGAGACGUUAACCCUCCUGUUCAUGCUUGGGCGACCUUCCGGGUCUUCAAAAUCGAGCGCAAGAUGUACGGUCGGCAGGAUCUUGAUUUCCUUGAACGCGUCUUUCAGAAGCUACUUCUAAACUUCACCUGGUGGGUGAACAGAAAAGACUAUGACGGCAAGAAUGUUUUUGAGGGUGGUUUCCUUGGGCUUGAUAACAUUGGCCUCUUCAACCGCUCUGAACCUCUUCCUACAGGUGGAGUUCUGGAACAAGCUGACAGCACCGGUUGGAUGGCUUUCUACUGUUUGAGCAUGUUGAAUAUUGCGCUCGAACUAGCCAAACAUCGGCGAAUUUAUGAAGACAUUGCAUCUAAGUUCUUUGAGCACUUUAUUCUGAUAAGUGAUGCUAUGACCUUCAAGUCCGGAGAAAAAGAGAGUUCCUUGUGGAACGAGGAAGAUGGAUUCUAUUACGAUGCGAUCUCAUACGGUGGGCCGUGGACACAGCAACUUCCGGUGCGAUCACUCGUCGGGCUGAUCCCACUUUACGCGGUAUCGACGCUCGAACCUGAGUUGAUCAACAAGUUUCCGUCCUUCAAGCGCAGACUGGAAUGGUUUGUCGAGAACCGCCAGGACGUCGCUGAGCGCAAUAUUGCUAGCAUGAAGCGUCGUGGAAAGAGUGACCGGCUCCUCUUAGCCCUGGUUAGCAGGGACCGGUUAGAGAAGAUCUUGAAGCGCAUGCUCGAUGAGACAGAAUUUCUCUCAGACCACGGAAUUCGGUCGAUGUCAAAGUACCAUGAGGAUCAUCCUUACUCCAUGGACGUCAAUGGCCAGACGUUCCAGGUUAGCUAUGUUCCCGGCGACUCAGACAGCGGCCUCUUCGGUGGCAACAGCAAUUGGCGUGGCCCGGUCUGGUUAUGCGUAAACUUCCUACUCAUCGAGUCCCUCCUUCGCUUCUACAUGUUCUACGGAGACUCUUUCAAGGUCGAGUGCCCCACGGGCUCGGGGGAUUAUAUGCAUCUGGGCCAGGUAGCGGAGGAAAUCCAGCAUCGACUGCAACAUCUCUUCGCGCGCAAUGACGAAGGCCGACGUGCAGUCUACGACGGCUCUGAUCUGCUCGAUUACGACGAGCACUGGAAAGACUACAUGUGGUUCCACGAGUUCUUUGACGGCGAUACGGGCCGCGGACUGGGAGCAUCCCAUCAAUGCGGUUGGACAGGGUUAAUUGCCAAGGUCAUCCACGAUACAGGUGUCAACUGCCGCCUUCCACAAACCCCACGCUCCCCCUUCGCCGCAGCGAGCCACUACUUCGACGACAUCUUCACCCGCUCGGUCCGCAGCCAAAGCCGCCGCGGCAGCAGCGCAAGACCAUUUGUCCGCCGCUCCUCAACCAGCCGUUCCAUCGGCAACAGGAGUGACUUCGAGUCUACGUUCGCGACACCUGCGCCUCAGACGCCUGCUGAGUCUGCAGUUGGCGACGAGGACGAGAGACGCAGCAGGUCAAACGGGACACCUGGACCAGCAUUCGACGAGCAUGUAUCCAACUAUGUGGAGAGUCAGUUGCAGAGGGUAAGAAGCCAGGCGUCUAUGGGGGCUUAUGAGGAUGAGUUCGAACCGCAGGUGGAUGGCGCCAAUGGGAAUGGCCAUGCCAAUGGGAAUGGGACCAAUGGGCAUUGA